ACAUUCCAGAGCUCCUUCCGGACGGCCCUUAAGCCUAUGGAAAAAAGUGAUUAAAACGAGCCAGUCCCGGGAACACCCACGCGGCUCGAAGAAGAGGGAACGAGUCUGAAAACCGAAACCGGCCCAGGACACACAGACUACGUCCCCGGGCGAGGAGGCUAUUUCCAGACGCUUCCAGCCCUCUACGGCCACGUCACCCCCUCCUUUAAUUCAUAAAGGUGCCCGGCGCCGGCUUCCCGGACACGUCGGCGGCGCGCACGACUCUAGCUCCGGCCGCGGCCAGCGAGCGACUCUGCACCUGGAGGUCCGGCACGCCGCGACCCCGUGACCCGGCACCCCGCGAUCCGGCACCCCGGCGGCCGCCCCUCUGGGCCGACCCCGACCCAGCAUGAGCGCUGCCACCCACUCGCCCAUGGUGCAGAUGGCGUCCGGCAGCGGCGCCGGCGACCGCGACCCCCUGCCCCCUGGCUGGGAAAUCAAGAUCGACCCGCAGACCGGCUGGCCCUUCUUCGUGGACCACAAUAGCCGCACCACGACGUGGAACGACCCACGCGUACCCCCCGAGGUCCCCAAGGAGGAAGCCCGCAGAGAUGGUGCCCCGGCCCUCGUCCAGGCCCCUGCUCCAGGCUGGAAGGAAGGUGCCCAGUGCGUGGAGAAGAUGCCCAGAUGGCCUGUUGAAACCGCAUCCUCUGCAAACGGGCCUUCGAGGGAGGGCUCCAGGCCGCUGCCCAUCAGGGAAGGCCACGCCGUGUACCCCCGGCUCCGGCCAGGCUACAUUCCCAUCCCCGUCCUCCACGACGGUGCCCAGAGCCGGCAGCCACAUCCUGUCUUCGCCUACCCCCAGCCUGGGACGCAGCGCUUCCAAACCGAGGUAGCCCCGGCGGCCCCGCAGAGGCCCCAGUCACCUCUGCGGGGAGUGGCGGAAGCCGCCCAGCCAGAUAAACAGUGUGGACAGGCGGCCGCCCAGCCCCCAGCCGCCCAUGGACCCGAGCGAUCCCAGUCUCCGGCUGCCUCGGACUGCUCGUCCUCGUCCUCCUCGGCCAGCCUGCCCUCCUCCUCUGGCAGGAGCAACCUGGGCAGUCACCAGCUGCCCCGGGGCUACAUCUCCAUCCCUGUGAUACAUGAGCAGAAUGUCACCCGGCCGGCAGCCCAGCCCUCCUUCCACCAAGCCCAGAAGACCCACUACCCAGCUCAGCAGGGCGAAUACCAGACCCACCAGCCUGUGUACCACAAGAUCCAGGGAGAUGACUGGGAGCCCCGGACCAUGUGGGCAGCAUCCCCGUUCCGGUCACCCGUCCGGGGUGCGUCCAGCCGGGAGGGCUCUCCAGCCAGAAGCAGCACGCCGGUGCACUCCCCGCCGUCCCUCCGCGUGCAAACCAUGGUCGACAGGCCUCAGCAACCCAUGACCCAUCGAGAACCUUCGCCUAUUCCCCAACCUGAAAACAAGCCAGAAAGCAAGCCAGGCCCAGCUGGACCAGAUCUCCCUCCUGGACACAUCCCGAUUCAAGUGAUCCGCAAAGAGGUGGAUUCUCAACCUGUUUCGCAGAAGCCCCCGCCUCCCUCUGAGAAAGUGGAAGUAAAGGUUCCCUCUACUCCCGUGCCUUGUCCUCCCAGCCCCGCCCCUUCUGCCAUCCCCUUUGCCCCCAAGAACGUGGCUGCAGAAGAGAGAGCAGCCCCCAGCCCUGUCCCUGCAGAAGCCACAACCCCAAAACCAGGAGAAGCUGAGGUACCCCCAAAACAUCCAGGUGUGCUGAAAAUAGAAACCAUCUUGGAGAAGGUGCAAGGGCUGGAGCAGGCUGUGGACAACUUUGAAGGCAAGAAGACGGACAAAAAGUACCUGAUGAUAGAAGAGUAUUUGACCAAAGAGCUACUGGCCCUGGAUUCGGUAGACCCAGAAGGACGAGCUGAUGUCCGCCAGACCAGGAGAGAUGGCGUCAGGAAGGUUCAGACCAUCCUGGAAAAACUUGAACAGAAAGCAAUAGAUGUCCCAGGUCAAGUCCAGGUUUAUGAACUCCAGCCCAGCUCCCUUGAAACCGAUCAGCCACUUCAGGAAAUCAUGGAGAUGGGUGCCAUGACAGCAGACAAGAGCAAGAAAAGUGCUGGAAAUGGAGAAGAUCCCAAUACUGAAACCCAGCAGCCAGAAGCCAAAGAAGCAGCAACUCCAAACCCCAGCAGCACGACAGACACAGCUGCUAACCCAGCAGCACCAUAGUCUCCACUAAAUAAAAAAUCAGCCCCGGAGACUGGGAACUGAUUGUGUGCUUUAGAGAAUUUUAAGUUGCAUGCAUUUCAGGGACUUAAAAUCAGUUGGUUUUUACUAUUCAUAGCCGCUUGGUACACAGUAACUUGGGUGGAGGCAAAACACACUAAUAAAAGGGCUGAAAGGAGAAUGAUGCUUUUCUUCUGUAUUCGUAUUCUGUACAAAUAAAGAAGUUGCUUGUUACAGAAGUUUAACCCCAUAGCUUGUUGUUUUGGAGCCCUCUCUGUAUGGGUCCCACAUGUUAGUCAUGGAUGUGAACUAUCUUUCUACAGCUCUGGACUGAAGGAGUUUUUGUGGGGGUAGAUGGGGAGUCAAUUUCUCAUCAGUAAAUAUGAAACCCAUUUUUCAGACGUGUUGCCAUUUUAAUGGGAUGAUUUUUGUCAUCUCAUAGCUAAAAUACUUAACUUUAGAUAGAAUAAAAUGUGUAAGGAGCCGUAGGAAUAUCUGUAUGUUGGAUGACUUUAAUGCUACAUUUUAAAAAAGGAAAAUAAAGUAAUAAUGUAACUCAAAA